UCUCACGUGAGUGCCCGGUGUGGGCGGGUCACAUGACCGGCCUCUCAUGUGACUGCUUGCUAUGUAGCGCGGAAGCCAGUGGGACGCUGGCUGGAGGUUUGGGAUGUGAAGAUGGCGGCCUCGGAAGAAGAGGAGGAGAAGGCGCUGCUGGACGAGGAUCCAUCGCAGGAGGAGAAUGGCGGCCCGGCGCCGAAGAAGCCCCUCUCGGCCUUGUGCGACCCACAGCGGCUGGCCCAUCGGCUGCUGGCGCUGGCGCUCAUGUGCUUCCUGGGCUUCGGCAGCUAUUUUUGCUAUGAUAACCCAGCAGCGCUGCAGACUCAGGUUCAAAGGGACAUGAAAGUGAACACAGCUCAGUUCAUGUCGCUGUAUGCUUGGUAUUCCUGGCCUAAUGUGGUUCUCUGUUUCUUUGGAGGCUUUUUGAUCGAUAGAGUAUUUGGGAUAAGGUGGGGCACAAUAAUAUUCAGCUCCUUUGUUUGUGUAGGACAGGUGAUUUUUGCUGUAGGAGCAAUAAGCAAUGCUUUUUGGCUGAUGGAAACUGGCAGAUUUGUAUUUGGGAUUGGUGGAGAGUCCUUAGCAGUGGCACAGAAUACCUAUGCUGUCAGUUGGUUUAAAGGCAAAGAGUUAAACCUCGUGUUUGGUCUUCAGCUAAGCAUGGCUAGAAUUGGGAGCACUGUGAAUAUGAAUAUUAUGGGAUGGGUAUACUCCAGAGUUCAAGAUCUACUUGGUUCCACAGGUCACACAACUCUUGGCAUAGCACUAUUGAUAGGUGGUGUGACAUGCAUCUUUUCAUUAAUCUGUGCACUCAUUCUUGCUUAUCUGGAUAGAAGAGCUGAGAAAAUUCUUUGCAAAGAGCAAGGAAAGACUGGUGAAGUGAUUAAAUUAACUGAUGUGAAAGACUUCUCAUUGUCUUUGUGGCUCAUAUUUAUCAUCUGUGUGUGUUAUUAUGUGGCUGUCUUCCCUUUCAUUGGACUUGGAAAGGUUUUCUUCAUUGAGAAAUUCAAAUUUUCCUCUCAAGAAGCAAGUGCAAUCAACAGCAUUGUGUAUGUCAUAUCAGCACCCAUGUCACCUGUCUUUGGAUUCCUAGUAGACAAAGUUGGAAGGAAUAUUACCUGGGUUAUAUUUGCUGUGGUGACCACCCUAGCUUCUCACAUCAUGUUGGCCUUUACUUUUUGGAACCCCUGGGUUGCCAUGUGUUUGUUGGGAGUUGCUUAUUCCCUGCUUGCCUGUGCCUUGUGGCCUAUGGUGGCGUUUGUUGUCCCCGAACACCAGCUGGGAACAGCUUAUGGUUUCAUGCAGUCAAUUCAGAACCUGGGUCUCGCUGUUAUUGCCCUUGCAGCUGGUACAAUACUGGAUUCUCGAGGAUACCUGUUCCUAGAAAUCUUUUUCAGUGCUUGUGUGUGUUUGUCACUCAUUGCUGUAGUCAUGCUGUACUUUGUGAAUUUGCUCAGAGGAGGUGACCUUAACUGGUCUGCAAAGAAAAGGGAAAAAAUUCAGAAGCUAGCUGUUGCUGAAGAAAAAAGACGGGAAAAAAUCAGACGUCAGAACGAAGAUGACUUAGCCAAAUUACAACCAAAGAAUGACUUUAGUUUGAGGAAUAGGUAUCUCUCCAGAUUAGGUGCUCAGCUGCCAGACAACUGUGUGUGCCACGUACCUGCACUGGCUCACAGGAGUGUGUUGAAAUAGCAGAAAUUGUGCCAAGACUUGGAAAUGCAGUAUGUGAAACUUUAUGCCAUGUAGAGGACCUCAGUCUUCCAUAGCAGAGAGCUGCCUAUAUAAAAGGAAAAUAUUCAGUAGUUUUGUGAACCUGAAAACAGUAGUUUAUCCCUUGAAGAUGCUAAAUUGAACUUUGUGCCAAAGUGUGUGGGUAGCAAUGCUUCCAAAUAAGGUUCUCUUGGAUUUCUAGUGUGUGUCUUCUGUGCUCAAAAUCCAUGAUAUAUCUGCAGGGGCAACUUGGAUAUGAAGUAGAAGCACAUAAAACUCUGUAAAGUUGGGCACUGCUUAUUCUAGGCUCCAGUUUGACUACACUUGUUUUCCUGUCUUGAAAAGCUUUGUUCUUGUUCUAAGCCUCUUUCUCAAGAAGGAAAGCAAUAGAGUUUAAUUUACUAGACUUAUUAAUUUCUGUGAAAUUCAUAGCUUUUAUCAGAACAGAAUGGAACUUGCAAACAAACAUAUUGUUACGUAGCAGUAGCUGUAUUGAAAAUAGCUUUAAUAUCAGGUGUUUUCAUUGUUUGUAUUGAUGAAAAAACAGAAUUCUCACAUUUCCUAUGGAAAUAACUAUGUAGCUUUCACAUCAAGGACAUUUUACCAGGAAAAAAAUGUAGAAGUCUCCAGCUCAAGUGGAUUGCUUUUAUUUUUUGGACCAUAAAUGGAUUAAAAUUCUGUGAGAAAGAGAUCUCUGAGGUUGAUUUAGACUUGGAUUGUAAGGGAAGGAUUAAGAAGAGGAGGUUGUAGUUAUCUAAUGUUGGGUUAAGAUUGGCCUUCUACAGUUUUUCCUGAGAGACUGAAAUCCUAUCAGAAGCUCUGUUGGAGGAAGGCAGAGGAGAAAAAUGUCACUGGCUGAAAUCCUAUCGUGAGCUACAGCUAGAGUAGGACCGUUGAAUUAGUGGGGAGUUAGUGAGUCAGCUUCUCCAUUGAUUCAAUGGGCCUACUCUAUUUGUAACUUAUUAUUGAAUUUCCCUCAGUGAUUCAUCACUGCAGCUUCCUGCAUAGUUUACCAUAGAUAUGGAGAUAAGUCCUGAAUCCUUUGAAGCUGAUUUUUAUGGGGGUGUAUGGCUCAGGAGGGGUGGGGCAGAAGAUAUGGGCAAAUAAUGGGAAGUCCAGAUCCAACUCAUAAUGGUAGAUUUUCAUUACUUUCAUCUGUUAACCUCAACUCUUGCUGAUAGUUUCUGUUUCUAGCUCAAGAUAUUGCACAAUCGCAUCUCCGGGGGGUUUCUCAGCCUUCCAUUCUCUUAAGAGAUUUGCUGCCUAAUUUUGUAAAGGUACAGCAAUUUCUGCAUUCUUUUGUACUUGGGACUCUGUUGAGGGCUUCUAGACCCAAACGUUCACUUGACCCAGGUAGGAAGAUACAUUUUAAGCACUGCAUGCAUUUGCAGCAUACUUGAUGAUUUUAAAACUUACUUAUUCUUAAGCUAAUCAAAUACAUUUUUGUUACUGGUAAGAAAAGUAUAGGAGGAAUAAGUUGGAAAAUGAUAUGGGAGGUAUGGAAUUAUAAAUGGAUUGGUGAUUUCUGUAUUCAGAAAUGUAUUUCUUUGCCAACCCCUAUUAAUAAAACCAGUAAGCAUGCCAGUUUU